CGUGUGGUAUUUGGUUAUAGGCGGCCAUGUUGAUUGUAGGCCUGAAAACAGCAAAAAUGUCCACUAUGAUACAUGAUGUCUGAUGUUCCUCAUGAGGUCUUCAAAGCUCCCAGCCCCUGCACAGAUCAGAUGACUGGUUUCACCCUCUAUCUCGCUCCCUGCGCGUCCUCGGUGCGCGCCCCCGCAGCUCCCCGUGGCUCAGACGCCGGAGACUCUGCGGCACCGGGAGGACGGAGAUCCACCGAUCCGGACAGCAGGAGCCGACCAGGAGCUGCAGGUGGACAACCAGACGGACGGACAGACGGAGCUGGACGGAAGAAAGAGAACCUUAAAUCUCUGGAAGGCUCGAUCCAGAACCUGCUGUCCGUGCUCUACCCGCCCUUCGAGGCCACCGCUCCCACUCUCCUCAGCCAGCUCUUCCAAAUCAUCGACAGCCGUUUCCAGGGAGACGCCCUGCGCUGUUUGCUGGACUUUCUGGUCCCGGCCAAACACAUCUUAGACACCGUGCAGCAGGCUGCAUGUGCUCAGUACUCUGACGUCCUCUUCCUCUGUGAGGGCUGGCCUCUGUGUCUCCGGGACCAAGUCAUCGUCCAUCUCGCUCCCAUCGACCCCCUGCUGCUCCGCCCCGGUGACUUCUACCUCCAGGUGGCGCCAUUCUGCGACCAAUCAGCUCGCAUCGUGAUCUGCAGCCUCCUGGAAGAGGAGGAGUUCCAGGCAGAGGUAGUGGAGGAGACCCCGAUCCCUGAGACGUCGUAUCCCUGCAUCUUCAGCCUCGACUGGUUGGAUGAGGUCAACCUCGGCCGCCGGGGGACGCCUCUCAGCCGAUGCCUGCUCGCUGCCGAGCAGGGCGUGGUGAGGUUGCCAUGGGAACGGGUGGCCGUGCCUGAUUUCGUGGACGCGCCGCAGAGCUCCGGGAGUAGCAUGGCCUCUGCUCCUUCCUCAUAUCCUCCUUUACCGCCUCUGCUUCCUCUUCCUCCACUUCUUCCUGACUUUCCUGAGAACUCUCCAUCCAGUAAAUCUUUUCCUCUUUCCUCUUCAAAAGAAUCUGCACCAAAGCAGCAGAAUUCAGUUUUGACAUCUUCUUUGCGUCCUUCUGUUUUCUCUGUGGAGACCCGGAUAUGUCCAGCGAAGCACGGCAUCGCCGUGUCGCUCUGCCUGGUGGAUUCUAGCGCUGCUGCUUCAUCCAGACGGGUGAAAGUUAAAGAACCAGAAGCCGAUCCUAAACCUAUAGGCUGGGUGUCGCCUAACACAUGGGACAGCAGAUUCACUGGGACGAAACCAAACACAGCUGCAAAAACCAGCACCGCUUCAGAUACAGGCAGUCCUGAUAAAACUGUAUGCAAAGGUGGGAAUAGGGGAGAUUCUAAAAACCCGCAGGAUUCGAGCAGAAGAGCUGCAGAAGGUGAAUAUAUCGAUAUCCAGCAGGCCGCGAUGCUUUUCGGUCAAACUCAGUCAUUCGCAGAAGAACGACCGACGUCAGACGCACAAAUGGAAGCACAACGAUAUCCACCGAGGCAAAGACCAGCAGCACCGUCACAUGUUCAGCUGCCUACCAAACCACACAGUCCUUCUAGACGUGCUGCUGCUUCAUCUACAGUUCCUCCAUCAUCCCUCCACCAUUCCCCUCCACAUCAGGCCCACCCCGACUCCCUGGAACCCUCUCCAUGCGCUCGUUCCUCAGAGAAGCCGUGCACGCCCUGCAUGAAGCGGAGGCAGGGCGGGAAGGUCAGCAGAGCCCAGGAGCUGAGGUGUCGAUACCGAGACUCCUACCAGGCUGCUCUGCAAAACCCCGUCAGCUUCGGACAGGAGAGGCUCAGGGGGAACAUGGGAGCUCUGAUGGAGGAGGACGAUGACGGGAGACGGGGACCAGAGGAUCCGUGGUGUGACCUUCAGGGAAUGUCCUCUGGCAGCGGAGAUGUUUGUAAGGAGUCAGGAGAAAAGAACACUGUUCCAUACUGGAAACCAGGAGAUCCCUGCAUGGAUUACAGGGGCAGGAAUGCUUUACCGUUUGGCCCCCGACCAGAGCAGACGACUGAAAGGACCGCUGUGAUAUUUAGGGAACCGCAGGAUGUACAGUCCUCCAAAUGUUACGGGAACAUACACAACGGCAAUGGAACAAACCCAGCAGAGGAGGCGAGGAUAAACACAGCCAAAGCUUUGCCGAACGGUCCUGAACAAUCAGACGUUUCCCCCGAACACCACAGAUUAGCGUUCAGUUCAAGAGACAUCUCUGGAACCCCCGUGACCCUCAUGGCUCGUGAAAGGCCACAAAACACAACCGGCUCUGCAGCGACGUCACAGAGCAGAAGAGAACGCGUGUCGGAUGGAAGAUGCUCGUCGCUCUCCACGGCAGUGGUGGAGACCUCAGAGAGGUGUGAGGUGGUGAUAGUUGAAGGUCAGAACGUCCGGAGAAGAGAAAAGGCCGAGUCAUGUGUGGAGAUUCCUCAGCUGCAUGUGGUUAAAUGUAAAAACAGCACCGCGUUCGGACUGGUUUCACCCAAGAUCAGCAGGAGGAAGAUGGUCGCUGCAGAUGCUGCUCAGCCUGGCGGUGCCUCCAUCACCAGCAGGAAUGGUCAUCUAAUGGAGAACCCAUCAAUCACAGAUCCAUCUCCAUCAGCAGGGCCACAGAAGAUCUCCCAGCAUGCCUCUGCUCGGCCCCGACCGGACCACCUCCCCCUGGGAUCCCUGGACCCCAGAGCCCACCCUCUCUACCUGGGACUAGCAGCUCUCCCAGGCAGCAGAGACCGGACAGGCAGAGCCAUAGUUGAGCUGUAUGGAGACCACCAGGGAUGGAGAUCAGCUGGAAGCAGCCAGGAGCUCUUCCAGAUGCUGCUCUACUUCCACUCCAUCACCAGGAAGGAAAUCAGAGAAGCUGGAAUGACUCUUAUCUUUGAUGCCAGGAAACUAAACCCUCAACCACAGCUUUAUAAAGCUCUGAUGACUCUUCAGGAGCGAUGUCCUCAGGCAGUCAACAGUUUGGUCGUUCUGGUUGACAAAGAGAACAACCUCCGGCCAGAGAGGUGUCUCGGGAUACAGACAGACGUGGUGACGUCGAUGAAGUCUUUGCUCAGACUGGUGGAGGUGAAUCAGCUGAGCUUCCGGCUGGACGGAUCUCUGUCUCAGAGUCACUGUGAUUGGACGGAGCUGCACCAGAAACUCUUCCCGUUUGUGUUUGAUCUCCACGAGGCGUCCAGCCUGCUGCUGAGAGCCAUCAGUAAGUUAGAGGAGCCUCAGAGGACGGACACUGUGCAGACUGUGCAGCAGUGCAUGAUGGACCAGAGGACGCUGAUGAGGGACGUUCUGGAGGACGGUCGGCUGGUGGGUCUGCAGAGGGAUGGAGGGUCCAUCCUGGCCAGGCUGAGGAAGGAGAGUGACCUCAGAUACCCCCACUGUGAGGACCUCAGUGAUGCCGUGGACUCGGUCACCAGUUUGUACAACCAUGUGGAGGAACAGGCUCACGUCCUGGUGCAGAGGUCCAACAUGUCUCUGGAACAUCUGGAGUUCCUGCUGCAGCUCAGAGCGAUGGAGGGACACUUCACACAGAUUCAGCAGUGGUGUAAUGUAGAGGGAGAGCGCCACCUGCUGGAGGCCGAGUCAGUGGAGGACUCUGGAGACAGAAUGGAGCAGAUCCUCAACAGCUUCACGGGGUUUCUAAUAGAAGCCAACGACCGGAGGCAUCACGCCAUGUCGCUGGUGUCGGAGGCCGAGCGGCUGCAGCGGAGCGGGGUUUCCUACCCGGAGACGGAGGCGUUCAGGGCCCUGGUUUGCAGCUUCAGGUCGGGUCUGGAGGACUUCCUGUGCAGGGCGGAGGCCUGCGGCAGAGAGCUGCAGAUCAUGGUCAACGUGUGUGAUUUCUGUGAGCAGGCGACUACCCUGGCCGGCGAAUGCAUCGAUUAUCUGGACCAGACUCAGUCCAGUAUCCAAACAACACAAGAUGAAAAUGCCUCCCAGGUCCACCAGAACCCAGCCUCCAGUCCCAACAACGCUCCGUCCUCAGACAGCUGCGUCCUCCAGGCCUUCCAGGACCGCUUCGUCCACUUCAGCCCGGAGAGGUUCCAGGAGGUGAAGUGUCAGGCCGGCGCCCUGCGAGGCUCCCGGGGGAUGCGGGUCUGGAACGUGGCCUGGCUGAGGUGUCAGGAGGCCCGGCAGCAGCUCCAGGAGAGGAUGCAGGACCGGCAGCCGGAGUCCAGCGGCCGGUGUGAAGGUCACUACGUGGACGUGGUGAGCACCAACGUUCAGACGGCGUCCCCCGGUGGUCAGAGCCUGGUGGUGCAGUCCACCCCCGGGCCUCGGCACCCGCAGUGGGAGGGGAUCGUGUCCGGAGCCGUGGAUUUAGGGAAGAGGAGGCCGAUCCUGGGCAGCGACAACGAUAAUCCAACAUCUGGAGCCUGCUGCAACAUCAAACCCGAGGAUCACAGAGAAGCUGGAGCCUCCAGAUGUGCUCCUCAGUCACCUGACAGCAGAUCAUCCAGGAGAGCAGAGAGGGAGGCUCGGAGGAGGCAGAGCAGCAGAGCGAGGACUGAGAGGGACGCUGCUGCUCUGUCUCAGUCCCACACCGUCGGCUGCCAGUGGUUUCCGUGGAGUCGAGGUCUCGGCUCCAGGUCGGUCAGUCAGGACUCGUGCACCGCCGUGGUCGCCUCCGGAUCGCUGACUCCUCCAGAGCAGCGGGUUCGUCCUCCGUCUUCCUGCUCCCACCACGGCCAGCCGUCCUGUCGGAUCCUCCAGGAGGCUCAGAAGUUUCAGAUCUCCCGUCACGGCAGCUUCUGCUCCGAGGACUCCUGUCUGAGCGAGCGAGGGGCGGCGGGGGGAAAUAACGGGGGUUUGUGCUGCAAACACUCCAGCCUGCCCAUCGGGAGAUACGAGGGGGCGUUCUGUCCACAGGAGAGCCCCAGCCACGCCCUGCGGCUGCAGCGUGUGAUGGAGGAGCUGGUCUUCACGGAGAGGGAGUAUGUCCGCUCGCUGGGCUACAUCCUCACCCACUACCUGCCCCUCAUGGACCGGCUGGACAUCCCCCAGGACCUGAGGGGCAAGAGAGGCGUCAUCUUCGGCAACCUGGAGAAGCUCUACGACUUCCACAGCCACUACUUCCUGCCGGAGCUGGAGGCCUGCCAGAGGGAGCCGGCGAUGGUGGCCCGCUGCUUCCUCAGACAUAGUGAGAGUUUUGGUCUGUACGCUUUAUACAGCAAGAACAAACCUCAGUCAGACACUCUGAUCCUGCACCGACGCCACGACAUCUUCAAGAGGAAGCAGCAGGAGUUGGGCGACAUGAUGGACCUGUCUUCCUACCUGCUGAGGCCCAUCCAGAGGAUCAGUAAAUACAGCCUCCUGCUGCAGGACAUGCUGGCUCUGGCCGGUUCUUUCAGGCCCAAAGACGUGAUCCAGGACUCGCUGUUCACCUCCAGUGUGUGUGAUCCGGCCGUCCACGUUCCAGAUCUGACCAGCAGCGAGCGAGAGCGGGAGAGGGCCGAGAUCCAGGCGGCCGCCGACCUGGUUCGCUUUCAGAUGCGCCACGGCAACGAUUUGCUCACCAUGGACGCCAUCCAGGACUGUGAUGUGAACCUGAAGGAGCAGGGCCAGCUGAUCCGACAGGACGAAUUCACGGUUUUCUUUCGGAAGAAGAAAUGCGUCCGCCGCAUCUUCCUCUUCGAAGAUCUGAUUCUCUUCAGCAAGACCAAGAGGACGGACGUUGGAAAUGAUGUUUACGUCUACAAGCAGUCAUUCAAGACGAGCGACAUCGGGAUGACCCACAACUCUGGACUGGGCGGUCUGUGUUUUGAGAUCUGGUUCCGCAGGAGGAAGAGUGAGGACACCUACACCCUGAAGGCCUCCAGCAUGGAGCUGAAGAAAGCCUGGACCACCGACCUGGAGAGGAUAUUAUGGGACCAGGCUGCUCACAGUAGAGAGCUUCGUAUGCAGGAGAGGGUGUUUAUGGGAAUGGGUCGCAAACCUUUCAUGGAUAUUCAGCCCAGUGAUGCUGCGAUCUGUGACCGAGCCGUCAGCUGUGUGCUGCCAGGGAGGAUCCCUGUGGCGUGUUGUUCACACAGGGCUUUAGAUUUUCCCCGUCCUCCAUCCAUCGGCUCCGGCAGCACCGCCUCCACCACCCUCAGCCAGUCGUCCUCCUCGUCCGGCCGCGGCUCGCUGCCUCCAGCUGGUUAUACUGGGAACCAGUCGCAGGGAGUCGAUGCCAAUCCGGCCGUCUGCUCGUCCCCCGACGCCGUGACCGACAACGAACUCAACAACCAGCAUCUUCAUCAGCAUCUUCAUCAGCUUCACCUCCACCAGAGCUGCGAACGGUGGAGAAGCCACCCUCUAAUGAUGGACAGCACUGAAUCAUCGGGGGAUUGCAUGAAUGUCUUCAGCAGCACAGACCACAGCUGUCUAUCCACCAUCAGUGGAGAAAUAGUGGACGAUUCCUCGUUUGUGUCCCAGAACUCAAAGACCCACCCUCCUCUCUGUGGAACCCCCAGCCUGAGGAGGAACUGUUCACCUGCAGGGACCAGGAAGAAGCCGGGCGUCGCCUCCAAACCUUCACAUAUCGCUCAGAGUGAGGAAAUAUUAAUGGGGAAAUCUACAGAAGUUUAACCCUGGAUCUCCGGCAGGAGAUCAUCGAUCACCACCAGCUGCUGGGUUCUCCGUUCUCCCUGCAGAUGGACGAUCAUCUAAACUGCAUAGAUGUAUAUGUGGUGUAGCUGCAGAACCAGGAGGCAGCAGCUUCUCAUCACAAGACUGUCCAGAUGUGGUGAAGCAGCUGUGGUUUGGUGUGACUUCAUCACACCUCAGUCAUUCAUGUGUGGAUCUGCUGAUCACGAUGCAUCUGAGCACGAGAGAAGAAGAUCCACAGACGAUGUCAGAAUCAUCUUUAUCUCCCUAAAUAACACAUUUAAAACUUCUCCACGCUGCAGAAGAAGCAGCUCAGGAUAGGAGUGGGUUUGAUGUUAUCUGCUGCUACACAUUAAAUCACCGCAAAUUCAGUUUCCUCUCAUGAAAAUCAGCUUUUUUCUGGCGUGUUCAGGAGACGAACCAGGUUUUUAUGUGACAUAUCUACAGACUACACUGUUAAAAACUGCUGAAAGGACGUUUUAAGAUGCAUUUUGUGAGCAAAACGUCAUUCUCUCUUAACCCUCCUGAUGUCUUCAUUUAUGGGCACCAAAAAAAACACAGUUUCCUUGUCUGAAAAAAAUCCAAAAAUUCUGCAAAAAAAAUCCCCAAAUUUAUAAAAAUUUGCAAAAUCUUCAGGAAGAAAAUUCAAAUAAUUCCUUAAAAGUUUCCCUUAAAAGUCUGAUUUUUAAAAAAUCCCCAAAUUUGGCAAGUAAUAAAAACAAAAAAAGUUUAAAAAUUAAAAAUAAAUUAAAAUUGUAAAUAUUUUCCAAAAAAUAAUAAAAAUCUUCCGAAAAAAAAUCCUAAAAAUUUCUAGUGAUUACAUAUAUAUCAGUAAAACUUCUAAUAUUUUCUUUAGAACAUUCACAUAAAAAUCUACCAAAAUCCAGCGAAAUUUGCUGGAUUUUGGUUGAUUUUUUUGUGAAUGUUCUAAAGAAACAUUUUUAACAUUUUUUUCCACCAAAAAAUGUUCAAAGAUUUCCCAAAAAUGUUGAAAAUGUGGACAUCAGACGUUUAACUGUGAAAAUAUAUUUUUCUUCCACAUUUUCAAACUUUAAAACAGGUCAAUUUUGACCCGCAGGACAACAGGAGGGUUAACAAAGAGCAGCUAUUUGAGUUAUUCUGUCCUGUACAGUGAGUACAGCUGCAUAUAAACAGGGAUCCAGAGGUUUCAGUAGCAUUUAAACACAGAGGACCAGCAUCUGCAUCCAGAGGAGAACGCUCUGGUUCAGUAGUUCAUGGUCGCUGCUUCAGAAGUUAUUGUUUAUCAUCCUUCAUUUAUUCAUUGUUUUGGUUACAAGGAGAUUAACGGUGUCUGGACUGGCUGAGAGCCCAGGAUGAGCUGAAGAACUUCUGGCCAUAGAUGGAGAAACAUCUGGAAGCUGCACGAAUGGAAAGGUCAGAUCAUUUGGAGGUAUAGGGAUUCACAUUUAAGAGGUUUUCUAUGAAGAUUUUCUUAUUUCUCUGAGGACGUUUUUGCUACUUGGGUCUUUUUUUACUUUUAUGUUUACCUGAAUGACUCAGUGGUUCUUCCUCUGAGGGGACAGACCACUACCUUCAUGUUCGUUCAAUGCAGAGACACAAUCCUGAAAAACUGAAUCACAAUCAGCACAAACUGCUGCACACUGACUGCAGGCAAAAACCACUUAUUUAGGGUCCACAGAUGGUUCCACACUGAUUGAUGUUCCAGCUUCACCUUUAUGAUUGUUUGACGGCUUUUUAAACAUAUUUUCAUGUUUUCUUUACUGACGAGAAGGUUUUAUCAGCAGGAAAAUCUGAGUGAAUCAUGAGUUUGUUUUCUUUCAAAGCCACUAACUUUUUAUGAUGUUUUUUUUUUCAGUUUUCUAUCAGUUUCUUUCUUGCUUUCUUUCUUCUUUUGUGUUUCAUUAUUAUCUGAAUAUUUAUGACGUGAUUAUUCAGCUGCAGGGGUUUUGGGAUUUUCUUUCUCCUGAAUUUAGAGGAAUUGAUUGCAGUAAUAAGAGGAUGUGGCACCAAACUGUUCCACUUCCUUCUAUCCUCAGACACGAUAAUUCCUCAGAUGAGCGGCUGACACGGACAAUGAUUGCGGCAUAUUUUUAGCACAGAUGAAGCCGAUUGAGCCACGCUGCAUCUCUAUUUCCUCCCUAAAAAUAUGCAGAUACGCUCAAUUAAACAUAAUGCUUUAUUAAAAAUCAGGGUGUCCGAUAUUGGCUUUUUUACCGAUAACCGAUAUGCCGAUAUUGUCCAACUCUCAAUAUCCGAUUCCGAUAUCUGUGGGCUAUAUAACUAAUUUUAGGUAACAUCACAUAUAUUGUGAUGCCCCAAAACUGCUUCAACUUAACCCUCAUCAGUACACCUGGGCUAUAUAACUUCUAGCUUUAUAACUUGUCAUAUUUAUUUAUUUGUAAGUUGGGUUUUUCAGUCCCUUUAGGUAGUUGUCACCCACAUAGUUGCCAUCACAUAAACCAAAGCUUAUGUGGUUCCAACCAGGUUUGUGGUGUAAAUAUAGAAAAAAUCAUGUGCAUCUUUAAUUUAUGUACGUUUGUGUUAUGCUGCUCUUGUGAUGACUUCUUCGGUUGCAUCGUGUUUCAUUUCAGUUCAGGAGUUCUUACACUAAUAUUGUAAGCAAUAUCAAUAGUAAUUUCAUUGUUUCUUUCAUGUUUGUAUCUACAGACGACACACGAUUUAGGAAAAUAUAUAUUGAGAGGAUAUGGACAGGUACAGAAAUGUGGAACAGAUGAAAUAGGUUUUGCCACGUGUGCUGAUGAGGGUUACGUUAUGGAACAAAAGCCAUAUUUAUGCCUCUUUUCUUUUUAAUUGUCUCAAACAACAGUUCCCUUUAUGAGUCAGUAAAUCCAGGCAUUAUUUUAUUAGUUUUCAUGAUUGGCAAAAACCCCCCAAUGACAAUAUUGACCAAUAUUACAUUUUUAUGCCGAUAUCAGGCCGAUAAUAUUGGAUCGAACCUUGCAUACACUCACUUACAUCAGAGUAUUUAAAUGCAAAAUAAUGAGUAACAGCUGGUGUUCUUUGUGCUUCCACCUUUCUACUAUCUGCCCCACUGAGGGGCAGCAGUGGUUCUCUGUAUAACGGGGAUUUAUAGCUGUUACUGUGCCAGUAUGAGUCGCCAUCCAGGGUCCGUUUUGGGGUGUUUAUUGAGGGGAUUAAGCAUUUUUCAGGUUUGUCUCCUCUAAUUUUGCACCGUUAUGGUAAAAAAAUCAUUUCUUUUCUCUUUCAGCUGUGCUCUAAAGUCUCUUUUUCUCACUGAAUUCACGUCAGUCCUUUCUGUUCGGCCUUUCUUGAACUGUUUUGAGACUCAUCUUGUUCACCCUGAGAAUUCACGGUGAAGUAUUUUACUGAUUUCAUGUCAUGAAGAUUGUAGAAUGUGUUUCUGUAAUUUAUCAUUUUGUUUAUGUUGAAACAUGCAGUAAUAUAUGGCAUAAAUACUUUAUCCAAAGUCUCA